CUGUUUUAGUGCCGAGAGAGCCACCGUAGCGACUCACACUGGAGCAGGAAUACAGGCACUCAUAACGCGAUUAUGCCUGGAUUUUCACGGUGUUUGUCCAAGACGCGGAGCUGUGUUAUCCAUCGCGGGCUGCGUAGGGUCAAAUAUUAGGGAAUGCUAUUAUGUUAUUCUCCGGGUAGCUGGUAACAUAGCAGGCCUGUUUAUUGCGCUGCCAACCCUUGUUCCUUUCCUGUGUCAAUGAUUGUCCUCCCCUCACUCUCAUGGCGGAGACUAAAAUAAUAUAUCACAUAGACGAGGAGGAGACUCCUUAUCUGGUCAAGCUGUCUGUUUCUCCGGAGAAAGUCACCUUAGCGGAUUUUAAAAAUGUCCUCAACAACCGACCGGUCAAUAGCUACAAAUUCUUCUUCAAAUCGAUGGACCAGGAUUUUGGGGUCGUCAAAGAAGAGAUUUCCGAUGACAAUGCCAAGCUGCCAUGCUUCAACGGGAGAGUUGUGUCCUGGUUGGUCCUGGCAGAGAGUGCACACUCUGAUGGAGGAUCUCAGUGCACAGAAAGCCAUCCAGAACUUCCCCCUCCCCUGGAAAGAACAGGGGGCAUCGGAGACUCACGACCCCCCUCCUUUCAUGCCAACGCUGUGAGCAGCCGCGACGGCCUGGACACGGAGACAGGGACGGAGUCUCUCUUGAGCCACCGCAGAGAGCGAGAGAGAGAGCGGGCUCGCAGGAGAGCCAGAGAACCUGAGCUCCCUCGCAUCAACGGUCACUCCAAAUCAGAGCGCACUGCAAGGGACUCAGCCAUGGGUUAUGACAGCGCUUCGGUAAUGAGCAGCGAGCUGGAGUCCAGCUCAUUUGUUGACAGUGAGGAAGAUGAGGAUGCCAGCAGGCUCAGUAGUUCCACAGAGCAGAGUUCUUCUUCACAGCUGAUGCGCAGACACAAGCGGCGCAGACGGAGGCACAAAGUGGCCAAGAUAGACCGGUCCUCAUCCUUCAGCAGUAUCACAGACUCCACCAUGAGCCUCAACAUCAUCACAGUCACACUCAAUAUGGAGAAGUACAACUUUUUGGGCAUCAGUAUUGUCGGUCAGAGCAACGACCGGGGAGACGGCGGCAUUUACAUCGGCUCGAUCAUGAAAGGAGGAGCUGUAGCUGCUGAUGGCAGAAUAGAACCUGGAGACAUGCUUCUGCAGGUGAAUGAUGUAAACUUUGAGAACAUGAGCAAUGACGACGCUGUCAGGAUCCUGAGAGAGAUUGUCUCCAAAACGGGCCCUAUUAGUCUUACAGUUGCCAAAUGCUGGGACCCAUCUCCAAGAAGUUACUUCACCAUCCCUCGUGCUGAGCCAGUGAGACCCAUUGACCCUGCAGCCUGGAUUUCACACACCACAGCCUUGACGGGACCUUACCCCCACUAUGAGUUUGAUGACUUGCCUCUGUCUGUAAGUAAAACAGACAUGGCAACCAUCGUCAAGGUGAUGCAACUGCCUGAUUCUGGCCUAGAGAUACGAGACAGGAUGUGGCUGAAGAUUACCAUCUCUAAUGCAGUCAUCGGUGCUGAUGUGGUAGACUGGCUCUACUCCAGGGUAGAAGGGUUCAAAGAUCGACGAGAUGCGAGGAAGUACGCGAGCAGCCUGCUGAAACAUGGCUACCUGAGACAUACUGUCAACAAAAUCACCUUCUCUGAGCAAUGCUACUAUACCUUUGGGGACCUCUGCCAAAACAUGGCAUCACUCAAUUUAAAUGAGGGAUCCAGUGGUGGAGGCUCCGAGCAGGACACUUUGGCACCACUGCCCCCCUCCACCAACCCCUGGCCUCUGGGCGGGCAGCCAUUCCCCUACCCUCCUUUUCCCUCUGCACCCCCCAGCUUCCCACCAGGAUACUCGGACCCGUGCCACAGUUUCCACAGCGGGAGCGCAGGCAGCCAGCACAGUGAGGGAAGCCGAAGCAGUGGAUCCAACCCUAGCGCAGGCAAGGGGAGGCGCUCCUCCCCACAAGAGAAGGUUCAAAGGACAGCAUGCAACGAAUCAGAGCCCGGCGUCCGUGGAGGGAGACGCGGUGACAGGUCCGCCAGCCAAAUGAGCCAUCACAGCCACGCCGUCUCUAGCCACAGUCACGCCCGAUCAAGUCUCAGCCACAGCCAUUCCCACAGGAGCCACUCUCUCACACAGAACAAUCACCCCCCCUUCACCUACAGCCAUGCCCCCUUCACCCAGCCAGGACCAGGCUCCUGCGCCCAGAGCGAGCGAAGCCAAGCCUCCUCCUACGGCCCUCCGGGCUUGCCUCCCCCUUAUUGUUUGGCCCGUCUGGCCCCCAAAACCUCGGUGAGCAGUAGCACCCCCCCCGGAGCCCCCCCAGGGAGAGAGUUAGCAUCCGUUCCUCCUGAGCUUACCGCCAGCCGCCAGUCGUUUCAGCACGCCAUGGGCAAUCCUUGUGAGUUCUUUGUAGACAUCAUGUGACAGGACAGUGCCUUUACACCCAGUGAGCACAAAACAAUUCUCCUCAAACCCACUUAUCUCUAAAAAUUUUCCCUCUCAGUCUUUUCACCAUCUGAAAGUUUAGGAUUUAGAUACUGACGGGCCCUCCUAUAGCCCACUGCUAUUUAUCCAUCUCUCUGAUGUCCAUGCAAAGAGAGACAGGCUGCAAGAGCACAAAGGAGGGAAUCCUCUCACACACAAGCACAGGUCCUCUGGUGGAAAGUCCUCUUUUUUUUUGACAUGAGAUGUACAGUUUGUGUAAAGUGAGUUGUGCCAUGCGGACAUUCUUGGAAAUGUGUACUUUUGGAUUAUGUCCGUUCCGCAAGACCUUUAAUUUGGCUGGGACUGGAUCUCAAUCCCCCAGACCCGGACCAUCAUCUGUGGGCUGCAUUCUACAGGCCUGGAUCUAGUGACUUGUAUCUGCGCACACUUAUAAAACUUACAACAAACCUCUGGCCCCGUUAUUCUGACGCUGUGGCAUUGCCAGCGGCUUGUUUUAACUAUUAUUUGCCAACUAUAACGCUAACCGUGAUCAGAUCACACUCUGUGGAUUUCUGCAACUUCACAAGAAAGGCCCCGUAGCCAGUUAUUAGUCUAACAAGGCUGCAUAGUGCAUGACGGUCUCAGCUGCUUUAAAUAAAUUUUAUGAAUUCGUUUUGGUUAAAGUAUUAACAUUUUUGGAGGACGGAGGUUACCUCUUACCAAUGUUCUAAAGAAUGAAUCCGUACACUGGAUGAUUUUUGUGAUGUUAUUUAUGUGGUCAUGUUGCAUUGAUGGUGUCAUACUUUAUCUACAACUGACUGACAGACAAUCAAAACCCAUUGUGAGUCAGCGGCCAGUUUCCACUGUCCAAGCUGUGCUUUGUCGAAUGUAUCAUUUAUUCUGUCAGUGACUGAACCCUGACUUAUAACACUGGUUUAGACGCGUUUACCAAACCAACAGGACACCAAACACAUCUGUCACACCCAGAGUGUUCUUUAGCUAAACCAGUUCGCUGUGAGCAUCACGGUCGACUCUUUCAGAAGUCAGUGCGAUAGAAGCCAAAGCCUCACGAUGCGUGGUGAAUAUUUCACAAUGUCAGAGCUGUCUUUGAUGCCAAUCUUUUUGUGAUUACCAUCUGACACUUACCAUUACAUAUCAUGACUUUAAGGUGACUUCAAGGGGAAUCUUGGCUUACAGAUGACGAUCUCCUUGCAAAAUAAUGGCAAACCCCUUUUGUAUCUGCUUAAAAUGUAGCUACAAGAGGGAAAUAACACACUAGUUUUCUGAGCACUUUUUUCAUUUUGUCUCCCUUCCUUUAGUAUGAAACACUGUUUGCAAUCAAAGCUUUCUUUUUAUUUUGUUUCAUUACAAAAGAAGAAUAAAUUGUACAUAGAAAUUUAUUAUAUAUAUAUAUAUAUAUAUAUAUAAAUAAAUAAAAAAUAUAUAUGUUCAAAACUUUGGCUACAUUGUCCACAUUAAUUGUAAAUGGACUGCAUUUACAAUUAGCUGUUUUAUUUACCAUUACGGGGGACAAUAUAAGACACGUUUUACACACACAUUCAUAUAGUGCAUCUUAUUCUGUAUAUUAGAUUAGUUCAUUUAUAAUAAAUUAUAAGCAUAUUGAGAUCAUAGGGGAAUUUGGCAGUUCGCUAUCUUGCCCUAUGACAUAUGGACUUAAGAAGUCGGGGGUGGAACCACUGACCACUUUACCUCCUGAGACACAGACACUUAUAAGUCACUUGAAAUGCUUUAUCAUGUGAAAUUUUCCCACCAAAAAAAUGAGAACUAUAUUUUUAUAUAGGCCACUAGAUGGAGUUAUUCAGCUCUAAGAAACUUUGCAUAGCAUUUACAUGAUUACAGACAGUAACUGCUUAUUUAAGUUAAGGAGACACUUUAAAAGGUGAAAAGGACAUAAAAUAGGUUGUGUAUGAUCAGCAGCCAUCAAGACUAUAGUCAUGAUUUCAAAGUCGCCUACAGGUAAACAUGCAACAGCAUCGCGUUAUUUUCAUCUAACACUUUAUGGUUAACACCCAUGUGUGGAAGUUCCAAGCAAGGCUGGUGUGUGUAUUUUCCAAGUGGGCAGGUUACUCAACGUUUCACAAAGACAGACCCCCAUGGUGGCUUCAGCCAGUAACCCCAGAAAACAUUUGAAUGUGACGUUAAACUCCCACGCAUAAGAAGGCGUUAAAGACGCCUGUCAGGAAGGAAGUGAUGCUUAAAAACCUCGCCUGUAGACAGACAAAAAUAAAAAAAGCACCCUGCUUAAAGCAGUUCCCCACAGAUGACUGGUCUAUGAUCUGUAAUAGCACACUUCAUUAGUUAAAAAAAGCCUCAUUUUAAACUGAAAAUAAAUAGUCUCUUUCUGUAGCAGCUGACAUCAGUUGCAGUUUGAUUGUCACUAAGCCUACAUGCUAACCUACAUGCAAAUAUUCACACACUCAUUUACCAGCAGACUGAAUAAUACUGCUGUUCAACUUACCGAAUAUCUCCAAAAUAUUUCCCAAUUCUGUAUGUUAAAUAGGCUACUGGGGGUGUACAUUGUUGCUUUGCUGCAAUUUUGAGGGAAGGCUGAAGGGUAAGUGUGGGAUGCGUUUCUUGGCUGAAGAUGUGUAGGCAGAUGAGAUGCUGACUUUGACAUCACAGUCUCUUAAUGUGUGGAUCUUCAUCACUUGGUAUGAUGCAUCAAAAAGUCAAAUGAUUAGCAGACAAAUGUCAUGAAGGUGUCACAAGAUCAUGAUGGGUUAUUAUCAUGACUCACAAGAGGUAUGUUUUGGUGUUAGUGUGUUUUUUUUUUUUUUAACUCUUCUUAUUCUGGCUUAUUAAGACACUCAGCACCGCUCAAGUCACCUACCAUCUUAUCAGUAAAUUUCCCCUGUCAUCCGAAAUUUAAACAGUUACUGUAAGGAAACCCCAACAGUUCCUUUUUCAGAGGAAAUGCCCCUUAAACCAUCUGAGGAAGAUUAAUAAAUAAGAAAUUUUAAAAAACCCACACUUUCAUCUAUAAACAAUUAUGUGUUUAUAUUAUACUUUCAUUUUCAGUUUUGUUAUCUUUAGGGUUAUUGUGCUGCUGUCGUUUCCCUUGUAAGAAUUUAAACACAAUGGCAAGGGUUAUUAGCAAGGGGAAUUUUUUUUUAACUUUUUAGGGACCUCGAGGUGACUUGUGACAUGGCAUGUGUGGAGCAGAGGUUGCUUACACAUGACUCAUCAUUAUCUCGCUCCUGAACGAAUGACUCAGUCAAAGAAAUAUUGUAAACUUUUGGCAAAUUUCUAAUUUUGUUAAAGAAAAAGAGAAAAACUCAAAUGUUGGUAUAAUGUGCGCCAAUAAAUUCCUUUCCAAUUUUC